AUGUGUCUUAAACAGUACCAAGCUGAAGAAGACAAGCCCAAAUAUUUGCAGCUUCUUCAAACCGACAUGUCUUUACCAGAGGCAAGCACAUCUUUACGUCAACUGCUCCUAAAAUACAAUCUAGAAUCUACUGCUGCUGGUAUUAUUGUUUUACCUAAACCAACUCUCACUCAUUUUAUACCUAUUCCAGCACGCAUCACUGGUCAAAUUUCAUCUCCACCAUGUCAAUAUUUAACAUCAUCAAUAUCGAAAUAUUAUAUGCAGCCUAUUCAUCGUACAUCAACUGAAAUAUAUCUAUUAGAAUAA